AUGCCAGACAAUCCCGCCGAAGAGUGUCUCGCACCAGUGCGUAACCGUUCAUGGCGAUCCCUCGUUUAUGUUGCGUGUUGGUGUUGGUGCAAGGGGCAGGAGAUACCGAUAUACAUAUGGUACGAGUCGUAUCCGACCCACAGUGGCGAUGGUUACGAAGGUCGAGUCUCGAGAGUCAGCCCGAAUUCACCGUAUGGCGUGGCGAGCCUGAACCUGACAGACAUCCGUGAGAGCGAUCAAGGAUGGUACGAGUGCAAGGUCGUCUUCCUCAAUAGGUCGCCCAACAGUCACAAGAAUGGUACCUGGUUCCACCUGGACGUUCACGCACCGCCAAAGUUUAGCAUCAUACCGGAGGACAUGAUCUACGUGAAUGUGGGCGACGCAAUAAUAUUGAACUGCCAAGCCGAAGGCACGCCGACGCCGGAAAUCCUCUGGUACAAGGACGCGAACCCGGUCGAGCCGUCGGCUACCAUCGGAAUAUUCAACGACGGCACCGAGCUUAGGAUUGCGACGAUCAAGAACGACGAUAUCGGGGAUUAUACGUGCAUAGCGCGUAACGGAGAGGGUCAGAUCAGUCACACGGCCCGCGUUAUAAUCGCAGGCGGAGCAGUGAUCACUGUGCCUCCCACGAAUCAAACGAAACUGGAGGGCGAGAAGGUGCAAUUCUCCUGCGAGGCAAAGGCUCUCCCGGGCAACGUGACCGUGCGAUGGUUUCGGGAGGGUGCACCGGUCACGGAGGUGUCGGCGCUGGACACGAGGGUCUCGAUCAAGGUGGACGGCAGCCUCGUUAUCAAUCCCGUCAGCGCCGACGACUCGGGCCAGUACCUUUGCGAGGUAACCAACGGUAUCGGUGAUCCGCAAAGCGCCAGUGCUUAUCUCAACGUGGAGUAUCCGGCGAAGGUUACGUUCACCCCCACAGUCCAGUACCUGCCGUUCCGUUUGGCCGGCGUGGUCCAGUGUUACAUAAAAGCGAAUCCACCCCUUCAGUACGUGACCUGGACAAAGGACAAACGGCUGCUCGAGCCUUAUCAGACCAAGGAUAUCGUCGUCAUGAACAACGGCUCCCUGCUCUUUACACGGGUCAAUGAGAAUCACCAAGGCAGAUACACCUGCACGCCUUACAACGCGCAGGGCACGCAGGGUAGCUCCGGGCCGAUGGAGGUCCUCGUGCGAAAUCCGCCUGUGUUCACCCUCGAGCCGGAACCAAUUUAUCAGAAGAAGGUCGGUGAGACCGUCGAGAUGCACUGCGACGCACAGGAGGCCGAGGGCACCCAGAAACCAUCGAUACAAUGGCACAGGAGAGACGGCGUGCUCCUUCAACGAAAUCGGAUGAAGCCCGCCGGUGGCAACUUGACGAUCGAGAGCCUGCGACGCUCGGACUUUGGAUUCUACCAGUGCGUCGCGUCCAACGAGGUGGCCACCAUAUCGGCCUCGACGCAACUGAUCGUCGAGGGCACGCAACCACACGCCCCCUACAACGUCUCUGGGACCGCGACCGAGUUCUCUGUCACGUUGACUUGGCUGCCAGGUUACUCCGGUGGGCCAGACUACAAGCAGGACUAUACCAUUUGGUACAGAGAAUCGGGUACGUCGGAAUGGGAAACGAUUCCGGUGACUCCUUCGGGUAGCACAACGGUGACGAUCAACAGACUGACGCCAGGUACGCUGUACGAGUUCCAAGUAAUCGGGAAGAAUGCCUUGGGCGAUGGGAUGCUGAGCAAAGUGAUUACCGUCAGGACACUUGACGUGGCACUGACGCAUUCAGCGACUCCAUCCUCGAGCGCCGGUCAAGCAGCAGCCACGGAUCAAAGCGACAUCUUAGAUUAUAAUACUCUCAUAUUACCGACCGAUUCCACGGGCAACCCAGUCUUCCCGCCAAUCAUGCGCCCGAAAGGACCAAAGCCAGGUCCACCGAAGAAUCUCACGGUGACAGAGAUCAGUAACGGUUUCCUGAUAACCUGGCAAGCACCCGUGGAACGCAACCACCUGAUUCAGUACUAUACCAUUAAGUACAAGACGGAUGGACCCUGGAAAACGCUCAACAAGGGACAAAUCCGACCCGAGGAAACCAGUUAUUUGGUGAAGAAUUUGGUCGGUGGUAGGACCUACUAUUUCCAAGUGUUCGCGAACUCGGCGACGAACUACGGCGCCAGCGAGCAGGUGAAAUUUCCCGUACCGGCCCGGGUGAAGCACAAGGCCAUCACCGCAGGCGUUGUCGGUGGUAUACUCUUCUUCAUCGUCGCGAUUAUCCUGAGUAUAUGCGCGGUGAAGAUAUGCAAUAAACGGAAGAGACGAAAACAGGAGAAAGAACUGCUUUCAGCGUAUAGUAUGGUGACCUGCCGGGUCACCGACGCCAGGAACGGCGCAGGGCAGGCGCCCCAGGGAACAGUGCCUUUGAAAAAACCUAGAAAAAGCCGAGUACCAGGUCUAAAUCUCCUGCGGGAGAUCCUGACCCCGGAUACACCGGACUCGUGCCGUGGUAGGCCGCUGGGUAAGAUCUCCCGCGCGGCCGACGGCCGAUUCGUCGUGGCGGACUCGGUGCUCAGCUCGGCGAACAACAGCAUCAUGGACGCGUCGAGCAGCGACGACGGUGGGUUCCUUCCGAAGCAGCGACUGAAGUCUUCGUGGCGGCGACCGCUGGUCGGCACCAGCCAGCUGAGCCUCAGAUCCGAGGGUAGCGGGGUGUCCAUCAACGGGGCUCUGCCGCCAUCUAUCCAUCAUCGCGGAACGGUGAACUCGUUGGCCAGCAGGAUCAUCGCGCCGGCCAUCUGCACGAUAGCGUCGCCCAGAUUUCUGGCCAGUUCGCCGAGCGGCACCCAGGUGCCCUGGACACCGUUGUACUUCAGUGAUCUGAGCUCGGUCAAACAACCAUCCUCCGUUGAACGUUCGUUUCCGACGCCGCCCGAUUACCUUCAGCUGCGUAGCAUGCAUCAACGGUACAGCCAGGAGCUGCCCUCGCUGAAAGCCAUACACGCGGAGUCCAGGAGGUUUGUCCCGGUCCAGCCUUUGGCUACCUCCUCGCCGCCUCAGCCUGCCGGUAGGCCGAGGGCGAGGCUUCCGCCUAGACACGCGAGGCACGCGAGGUCCGCCCCCGAGCUGGCCGCGUCUCCCGAUCUCGAGACCUCGCCGGAAAGCAGGUCGAGCAGCUCGGGAUUCGGCAGCAAAAACACCUCGCAGCAGAAUCAAAGCUCGAGAAGCGGCAGCACCGUGGCCGAGUGGCGACCACCGCCUUACAGGCCGCCGCCGCCACCGUUGGUCGGCCGAUGGCUGGAGCUUCAAGAUCAACCGAAAGUCGGUCACACACUAAUACAGAACGCCGUGGACGCGGGCAGCGUCGACGGACACUACGAGUUCGAUCCCGUCUCGUGCACGCCAACGCCCACGUCCGCCUCCACGCCGACCAGAGAGGAAAGACCGCCGGUGCACCAGAUUCACGCCAUUCACGUGCCGCAUAUUCAUCAGGUGCACACGGUGCAUCAUCAAACGCCGAGAUACAGCAGGGACAACAUCGAGGCCAGGGUGCAGGCAAUGAAAGCCGAGUUCCAUCAGUUCCGACAGCGGCAAGCGAGGCGAAGGCAGAGCGCACACUUGGAGAGCGCCUGUUGACGGCAACUGUUUCCUAGUAGUAGGCCACGUCGUUGGAUCGUACCAAUUCGAUCGUCGGAUACGUCCGCUUCGGGACGCGAGCGCGCACCGGUCGACUCUACCUGGGACAAUUUUACGAUCAGUUUACGAUCAACGCGCGAAGGAUAUCCAUUUCCCGGGUGGGAGCAGACGAAUGCGAACCGAGCCGGGAGCAAACAAGUCUCGAAGAAUCCUAGUAAAUCCCGGCUGUGACGCAAUACUCUGCGAAAGCGAUUCCAAGCGGACGUCGUCGUGAUUAUCAUCGGAGACCAACUGUUAAAGCACAACGAGGAUCAUCGUACGCGCCUACACUGUGGGCAACUUUAAGUCAAUUCUACUUCAGCUGGGCAACCAUCUGCAAAUGGCUGUUACAAGCGUCAGCUCAGGAUACAUAAAUUUUCGCCAACGCGACAACCAACGUAGUAGAACCUUAACGCGUUAAGGAAAUAUCGUUUCGGAUCUGAUCGUUAACGGACUCGCGGAGGAACUCGAGACGAAGAUCGACGUUCCCGGAGAGGCCAGCGACAGACGCCGGAUGGACACGAUACACCAGUUCGACGAUCGCGUUUUUGAUCGCGUACCGGGGCGCGUACCAACCACGCCUACGUCCGAUUCGAUGGACUGCGAUUUUUAGCGACGGUAUAUUAUACAAACGGGGGGAGGGGGGGGUUGGGCGAAGAUACGAAAGCGCCGGAAGAGUUCCAACGAAAGAAGGGGACGUUUGCUCGGAAAGAAAAAUUUACCAGAGGGUAUUCACCGAGCGCAGAAUCGGUGAAAACGGAAAGUGCGAAGAUAUUCUGGGCAGAAACGGUAAGACACGAGACCGCAUGACACUCCAAAGAAACUGUACCGUGCUCCGUAUACCUUUGAAGUAAAGAAACAAAGCGACACGUAAGAUUAAACUUAAUCGUACACAGUAAGUGAUAAUUAACGAAAAGAGAAGAUAACGAAAAAAAAAAAAAAAUGAAAGC